GAUGAAGUAUAGUGCAGAGAUUGAAAGUGUAUGCAAAGCUCUCGAGGCUGUUGAUCUCAGGAGCUCUGAAGUUUCAAGUCUGCAGAACAUCAAGACAUGUGAUUUAUCUUAUCAAGCUGCAUUACCCGAAAUAUUGGAGGUUUUGAGAUCUGCUUGUGAAACACAUAGAUUGCCUUUGGCUCAGACAUGGGUGCCAUGCGUCCUACACGGCAAAUGGGGGAAUCGGCACUCGGAUGAGAACUUGCUCCAUUGUGUUUCCACUGUCGAUUCUGCUUGCUACAUAGCUGAUCCCAGUACUCGGGAUUUUUCUGAAGCUUGCUCUGAGCACCACUUGUUAAAAGGUCAAGGCAUUGUCGGUAGAGCAUUUACGACUAACCAACCUUGUUUCUCAUCUGAUGUAACUUCUUAUAGUAAGACUGAGUAUCCUCUUUCUCAUCAUGCAAAGAUUUUUGGUCUUUGUGCUGCUGUUGCUAUACGUCUUCGGAGUAUCUGUACUGGUUCGUCUGACUUUGUUUUGGAGUUCUUUUUGCCUAAGGAUUGUAGGGAUCCUGAAGGACAAAAGGAAAUUCUCACUUUGCUGUCUAAUGUUAUACAAAAAGUUUGCCGCACCUUACGAGUUGUUAUGGAAGAAGAGUUGCAGGACGAAUCUAUUUCUCCAAUUUAUGAAGUUGCAAAUCCUCCAGUAACUAGAUCUAGUGAAGAAACUCCACAGGUGGACCAAAUGCAUUCUCUGAGACCUUCUCAUGAUAUAAUAUCCUGGAAUGGAAAACCAAGAGAGAUCCUAGAUGAAAUAUUGUCACGGUUCAGUCGAGAUCAACCGGAUUCUAGUUCAAGAGCGGGUUUUGCCUUUGAUGAUAGCUCACCGAGCACAAGUAAACCUGGAGAGCGAAGACGGAAAAAAGCUGAGAAAACUAUUACCUUGCAAGUUCUUCGGCAAUACUUUGCUGGGAGCCUGAAUGAUGCCGCAAAACAAUCGACACAUGUUAAGGUUGAUGGAGUGCCAUCAGCCAUCAUAACAGACAGAUAA